AUGCGCGCUCAAAUAGUCCAGCGCCUCCGUGGCUCCUCCCUCAGUGCCGUUCCCCCUCCUCGAGCCUCGUCCGACUACUCCACCGGCCUAGCAAGCGCUGCCGCAAGCAUACUCUAUCGCUCUCCACUGCCCUCCAGAUCCGGCCUUCCUAUCUAUAUACUCAACGCUGCCGCGUUUCCAGACUCUCAAGAAGCGGACUACGACGCGCUUCUCCCCUACGUCUUGGCCAGGCUACCUGGGGAAGAUGAGCUGAUCAACGGGAGAGAGUAUGAAGUGGUAUUCCUCGCUGGCGGGAAUCCAGAGAGCGCGACUUCUCAAAGGAAGUCUAGGCCGGGAUGGGGCUGGUUUGUCCAGGCGUACCACGUGCUCAGCCGGGCGAUGAGGAAGAGGCUGCAGAAACUGUACAUUGUGCAUGAGAGGAGCUGGGUCAGGGUCCUGGUGGAGAUGUUCAGCACGAUAGUCAGCCCGAAGUUCAGGAGGAAGAUCGUACAUGUAUCAACCUUGAGCGCUCUAGCUCUCCACCUGCCUAUCGAGGACCUUCUUAUCCCACCUUCAGCAUAUCUCCACGAUCGAAGGCUGUCGCCCGACAUCCAUGCACCGUACGCCAGCGGGCGGCGAGCGUUCGCUGUCAAGCAACCAUUCCCUACAAGCUCAGAUGGCCAGACCCGGCUGCCUCGUGUGCUUAGAGAGACCACGACCUUCGUUCUAAUGGAACCUAACAUCAGAACGGAAGGCCUGUUCAGAAUACCACCCCAUGCUAAACUAAAGGGAAUCCUCCGGGAAGCGUAUGACAGGGGCCAGAAGUUUAUCAUCUGGAAAGACAACCACGUGACCUUCUGUGCGCCAGUGUCUCAGCCCUCGGUAGACGUGGCAUCGGUCAUCGACGAGGUUGAUACUCGAGAUGCGUAUAGUGUCCCUCUGGCAGCAGGGCUAAUUAAGUCGUGGUAUGCGGAGCUCCGCGAGCCGUUGUUCCCACACUCAGCCUAUCGAGACCUAAAAAACCAAUUCGGAAAUCCUCAAGAGUUACCAACAUUCGACAGCCUCAUAGGCCUGAUAUCCCCAAGUUCUGAGUGGUCUUGCCUGCCGAGUCUGUCACGUGAAAUCAUGGUCCGACAUCUGCUGCCAUUGCUAUCCAUCGUCGCGUCGUAUGAAGAACACAGUAAGAUGACGCCUCAGAACCUAGCGGUUUGCUUUGCUCCCGCCCUACUCUGCGGACCGGACCAGUUGGAAGACGCCAAGACAUCUUCGAUCUUGCGCCGUAUCUUGACGGCGGCCAUCGAGUAUUGGCCAAGUGGACUUCGCGAUGCUUGUGGAGUUGCGGAAAACGCCCUUUGGAAAGAUCUGCAACCACCAGCAAACCCAGCGGACUACGAGGACCCGCUGGAGGAUGCACGAGGCUCGAGUGCUCAGGAGAGAGAAAAGAGCGCCGUGGACUCGGUGCAUGAGCAGUUCACAGGCAUCGUGCUCGAAGACAAUGAUUCCCCAGUACAGGCGCAGAUGCCGCCUCCGCUACCGCCUCGACCCAGAGCAUCAGAAGAUACCGAGCCAGCUGCAUCAUUAUCACGUUGGCCGCAGAAUCCGAUGUCCGAACCAUCAUCACCGUUGACAGCAGACGAGGGCGCAACAAAGCGGAAGCCCGCGCCGCCAGUCAUGGUCCCGCCGCGUUACUCAACCAUCAUGGCAGAAGACACAGACAGCAUGGCCGAGUCGCCAACCAGUUACGCUGGGGUGGCCGACGGCUUUGCUCCUCCUCGGCGCUCAGGCUGGUCGCUCGACGAGAAAAAAACAGACAUGAACAACGCUGAAGGUGGCACAACUUCUUCUCCCCUAUCGCAUCAUUUCUCCUCCGCCACCUCCCCCGAGUCUUCUCCUCAACUAUUCAUGCCGAAGCGCAAAGCCCUGACCGCUGAGCAGAUCGGUAACGCGGAGCCGAAUAUCCCCGCCUCGACCACACGGCAGCAGCAGUCGUUCUCUGCAGCCGUCCGUGCCGUGAGCGGAAUGAUCGAUGUUCAUGGGCCCUUAGGUUCGUUGAAGAGCACGGAUAGAGCAGUUGGUUCGCCUGAACUCACAGACACCGCGAGGAAACUAGUACGCCCGUCUCGCAUACGGCGAUCGUCCUCCUGGUCUUCCUCGCCAAGUUCGCGCUCCAUCUGGCCGGUCCAGCCACUGCAUUCGCCUCCUCCUCCGGUACCAGUAACUGCGCACCCGUCCAGCCCUCCGUCGACGCCGCCUUCGCUAUCGACCAAAAACGCCGUCCUACCAUCAAGGGAACCACAGCAGCCCCCGGAAAGCGACGGACAGGCGCGGAAGCUGUCCCUAGGGAAGCUUGUACUCCGCAAGCCGCCUGUUGACGACCUGCGUCGGCUUUACGAGGAGAGAGCUGGGGCGGUCAAGAGACUUGCUGGGAUGGGGAGGAAGAGGGGGUAG